AUGCCUCGAAAGAAAGCCAAGAAGAAGUCUGAUAAGGUUACCCUUGCACAGAAACUCACCGAGUUGAAUGACAUCGAGCUGGAAAAGACCAUCGCCGAGGACGCAAGACCAUGUUAUCCGAGUGAUCAACCUUCAAAGCCGAAGGCAGAUAGAGGCCGUGAUGAAUCUAUUUUGAAUCCUCUCGAUGCACUCGGCGAUAACCAAGUGCAAGAGAAGAUUGCACAGGGGUUCACCGCCAUAAACCUGAAGAAAAUGAAUUUCAAUGAGACGAUUGCUGGUCAGAUACUCAAAGCUCAAUACAACUUUAUCUACCUGAGUCCUGAAAUUCUCCUGAACAACCAGAUGUUCACCGAUGUUUAUCAUAAUCCAAAGUUUCAAGAUCAUCUAGUGCUGACGGUGGUCGAUGAAAGUCAUAUGAUAUAUAGCUGGGGACUAGUAGCUAACAAGAAAGCUAAGAAGUCGUCCGCUCACAAACGGCACCAAGACCGAUCAAUCUUCCGACCCUCGUAUGGGGACAUUGGUCGAGCGCUAAUGGCGACUCAAAACACGCCAAUCUUAAUGUUAUCGGCGACUUGCAGACCCCUAGCUAUCACCGAAAUUCUGAAGAGUCUCAGGAUUCCAGAAGAAAACAUGCACUUUGUGCGAGCAGAACUGACCCGUCCCGAGAUUCGAAUUCUACGGUUCCCAAUGGAAUGCUCUCUCAAGUCAACCCGUGACCUUCGAUUGAUGUUUGGGGCAGAGGAGGAUCUUGCAAAUGCGAAGCUGCCACCAACCUUGAUAUACUCUGGGACCCGGAAUGCUACACUCCAGGUCAUGAAAGUUGUGAAUCAAGCGCGAGGGAUAGAGAAUGGUCAUGAAGAUGCAGAUAGCACCCUGAUUCGCCGAUAUCACGCAUGUACGGGUGAUAUGGAUAAAGAAGACACCAUCGGAGGAUACGAACAAGGCGAAUUCCCGAUGAUCUCCUGUACAAUGGCCUUGGGCCUCGGUCAAAAUUGGAAAAGGGUUAGAAGGGUUGUACACAUGGGCCGAGGGGACCCUUCGAGCAUCUGCCAAAUGAUGGGACGCUGUGGUCGCGAUGGGAAACCGGGGUUAGCCAUCCUAUUCAUGGAGCCGAAGAGACGAUUUGGUCUCAAUACGAUCGAGGCAAUUUCAAAAGGGGACAAACAGACAGAUGAUGUUAGGAUGGACUCGUUGGCACUUACCCCUGUCUGCCUUAGGAUUGCGUUUUCAGUAGAUAAUCUAUAUGGAUACAUUCCAAUGGAUCGAGACGAUGCCAACUACCUUAGAGAAGAAAUCAGGGAGCUAGACGAAGGGUUUGCUGUGUGCAAGUGUUCCAAUUGCGCACCGGAAGAAGCCAAGAUGCUUCGAAAUAACAUGAGGAUAAUCGAUAAUGAUAACAUUGAAUCUUCACUCAAUCACCCGGAAUUGUUGAUCGACCCAAAUUCCGAUCAACUAAUAAAACAAAAACGAACCAGGCAGGCGAAGAAAAAAACUUGUGUUCAAAAUCCAGUUAUUGCUCAGUUUGCAGUCACACUCGUCGAGAAUUUUAACGCUUUCUUCAAGGAUACGUAUGGGAAGGCGCGAUCGUUUCUUCCGGAAGAACUCUUUGGCUGUUUGGAAGCCAACACUAUUGCGGAUAACUUGGAUCAAAUCAAUAACGAGCACGAUCUGGUGAAGUUUAUUGGUGACAUGGUUGAUGGGGAGCUACAAAUGUUGUACAAUUGUGUGAUUAACUUCCGAGAAGGAACUGAGUUCAAAAAUUACAAUCGUGAAAGAGAGAAGUACAGUGAUAACAUUGAUAACGAGAUACAAAGAAUCAAAGGAAUCCCGGAGCAAAUCGAUUAG